CUAAUGACUAACCCCCGCGGCCUUCUUCCUCCCGGCUAAAUGAAUUCAUCGCCAUGAGUGCUUCCCCACUUCUGCACCACCAUCGCCAUAACAUCCUAUACUCCCCCCAUCCAGCUUCCUGAUCAAACGAGACUUGAGAGAGGCAAAGGAACAGAGGGCUAGUCCGAAUGGUGGAAGCGGUGGGGACUUACCCGAGAAGAGGCGCCGCCGCUGACACGGGGAUGCGCGUCGCUCCGGAGGAGGUGCAGAUGGGGGAGACAUUCAUCUUAUCUGAAACCAUCAAGGAUCUCAUGACGCUGCGGUCGCAACUGUAUUCUGCAGCUGAGUAUUUCGAACUAGCCUACAUGCAGGAAGACGGAAAGCAGGCGGUGGUGAGCAAUCUUAAGGAGUACGCCGUGAAGGCCCUCGUCAACACUGUAGACCACCUAGGGUCCAUAUCCUUCAAAGUCUCCAGCCUUGUCGGUCAAAGGUUCGACGAGGUGGCCGAAGCCAAUCUGCGGGUCUCCUGCAUCCAGCAGAGAACUCAAGCGAGCCAAGCAUGCAUGAAUAAAGAAGGCCUGACGCAGCAAUCUUUGGUGAUCACCGCUCCAAAGUAUCACAAGAGGUACAUCUUACCAGCAGGAAAUGAUUCAAUUCCCGAUGCUGUGCCCAACUUCAGCGAGAUGAAUAAGGUCAAGAACAGGACUACGCAGAUGCAUCCGGCCUUCAGUGCAACACCCGCAGCUCAAACAAAAAGCAAAGACAAGCAAGCUUCAUUCAGCAAGCUCCGGUCGAUAGCCCGUGCACCUUCCCAGCGUGCACGUUCAUCCUCUCCAGCGCAGCAUACUCGCUUCGUGCCACCUUCUGAUACUGCAAUACCCACCAAAAGAGAUAAAAGAUCGGAUUCACCAAUUUCUUCGACAACUCCACUCACAAGGUCUGGGUCACUCUCAAAGAAGCCAUCCUUGCUCAAGACAUCAAGUGUCAGGGUCCAGACAACUUCAGAUCCCAAGAGAUUGGCACCGCUGCGGUCAUAUGCUGACAGAUACAAAGACGAUCCCAAGGAAAACGAGCAGACUCCAAAGAAGAGCAAGAAGUUCCUCAAGUCGCUGCUCAGUAGGCGCAAGUCAAAGAAAGAAGAACCACUGCCCUGCUACUUCGAUGACUACUGACUCCUGACACCAGAUGGCACCACCCAGUUUCUGAAUACUUCUGCUUCAGUCUUUCCCUGGCAAAGUCUUGAUAUAAAUAUCAUCACUGUAUAGCAACAUAGUUACAGGUCGUCAAUGUUAAUAAUAUAAGCGCAAGACGGGAGUUCCAGGAAGAUGUCCCCACUCCCCUUAUCCGGUUUCCCCACUUUUUGUUGUGUGUUAUGCAUCAUGACUUGGCCGUUGUGGUCACUCUCUCGAUAAUCUUGGCAAUCAGCAGUAUACAGAAACUUGGAAUAUGUUGUACUGAGCAGCAAUCAGGAAGUAGCGCUUCAGCAAUCUGAUCUUAGUGGUCAGGUAGCGUUCAAGUA